AUGCUGUAUGAUGAGAUGCGGUUGCAAGGUUGUACCUCGUCGGUGGAGCCAUGGGCUGCACCAAAAAGAGGCGCGAAAGCCCGCCCCAUAAAAAAACUGAACCUGUGCAACUUCUUUUGGCGCUGCCUUUUCAACUUUUACAGCACCUCAAGCCAGCUACAGGAUAAAAUUUCCAGCAACUCUGACAAGGAGCCGGCGACAAUGUUUGCUGUUCCGGGUUGGUCUGUCUCUGCAGACAGCCUCAAAGCCGAAAAGACGGGCUCCAACAACGUGGCGGGUGGCAAGAAGCGUAAGAGACCUGGCCGUCCUCGAGACGAGGACGUCACCACAGAAAAUGUCACACAGCUCUACGAGACUGUCGUGGAGGGCAAGAACCCCAAUGCCCCAAAGAAGGACAAAUCGGCCAAACGCCAAAAGAAGCAGGGUGCUACAGAGCAUGUGCCGGCCAAGCACGACGGAGACGGGAAGAAGUCUACUGAGCAGGAAGAGCAACAACAGGACGAUGGCCAAAAAUCAAAAGACAAAAAGGACAAAAAGGAGAAAAAGAAGAAGCGUGAUAAGCAUGCAGGCAAAGAUGGAAGCGAAGUGUUAGAGGCCGAUACCGAUGCCAAGGAGCAAAAGGCUGCUGCCAUCCCUGCACACCUGCCAUCUGCGCAACCCAAACUCACGCCUCUGCAAGCAGCCAUGCGGGAGAAGCUUGUCUCUGCUCGUUUCCGCCACCUAAAUGAGACACUAUAUACCAAACCAUCCGAAGAGUCCUUUUCGAUCUUUCAGGAUUCCCCGGAAAUGUUUGACGAGUACCACGAGGGCUUCCGCCGGCAGGUCAAGGUGUGGCCGGAGAACCCCGUCGACAGCUUUCUCCAAGACAUUCGCAGCCGUGGCAAGGUCCGUCAGCCAUUCAAGGGCAAGCCGGGCGCACGCCCGUCUUCCCUCGCCGCCUCACCUCUUCCUCGCACAGGAGGCACCUGCGUUAUUGCAGACCUGGGCUGUGGCGAUGCCGCCCUCGCACAGUCGCUGCAGACGGACAAGGGCAAGAUGCGCCUCGACGUCAAGAGCUACGACCUGCAAAGCCCCCAUGCGCUCGUCACCAAGGCUGACAUUGCCAACCUGCCGCUCGAAGAGGGCUCCGUCAACGUCGCCAUCUUCUGCCUCGCUCUCAUGGGCACCAACUGGAUCGACUUUAUCGAAGAGGCGUUCCGCAUCCUGCACUGGAAGGGCGAGCUCUGGGUCGCAGAGAUCAAGAGCCGCUUUGGCCCCGUGCGCAACAAGCACGCUCCCGUGGAGCACAGCGUGGGCAACCGCAAAAAGGUCGGAAAGAAGGCCAAGGGUCCUGGCACCGGUGGCAAUGCAGUCGAUCCCAUGGAUCUGGCUGUCGAGGUGGAUGGCGUCGAGGACAACCGCAAGGCCACCGAUGUGUCUGCAUUUGUUGAUGCCCUCCAGAAGCGAGGAUUCGUGCUCAAUGGCGAGCGCUCCGAGGCCAUUGAUCUCUCCAACAAGAUGUUUGUCAAGAUGCGCUUCAUCAAGGGCGCUACCCCGACGAAAGGUCGCGCUGCCAAGGCGCCGGAACCUGGCAGGGGCAGGAAGCCGGCAUACGCACCAAAGAUUGAGGAUGAGGAGGAAAACGGUGUCAAUGAGUCGGCAAUUCUUAAGCCUUGUGUGUACAAAAUUCGGUAA